AUGCCGAAGCGACCGGGCGAGGAAAGAAGCGAUGCGUUCAUGGCGGAGGUUCGAGGCCUCAACGACCAAUUCUUCAAAUGGGCUUCACGACAGCACAGCAGCAGCAGUGACAAGCUGUGGGACGCUGGUCUACGUGACUACCUGAGAUACGCUGACAAGCUCAGGAGCGACUUUUCCGACGUUCUGGCAGGAGCUGGGCAGAACGACUCAGUGCUCGAAGGAGGGAACAUCUUCGUCUUCGGUCAGGGCGACAACGCGCAGAUCGCCUGCGGUGGGAUGCACACGCUCGCGCUGUGCGAAGGAGGCGCAGUGUACAGCUGGGGAGUGAACGACGAAGGCGCCCUUGGAAGGGAAGCUAGAGGAGGUCAACUUGCGCUCACAGAAGGAGAAACGCAGGGAAGCGAGUCCAUCCCAGAGAUGGUGGAGUUUCCCAACCGGGAGAAGAUGACGGCAGUGAGUGCGGGAGACUCGCACAGUGUCGCCCUCUCCUCCAACGGGACGAUCUUCGCUUGGGGAAUCUUCCGCGACUCGUCGGGCAAGUUUGGCUUCAGCCCGACAGUUCAGACGCAGACAACUCCCCAGCAAGUUGCACUCGGCCUCGGAGAGAAAUGCAUCGAGAUCGCCUCCGGCAAUGACCACGUCCUCGCCCUCACCCGUGAGUAA